AUGCCCGAGCUGCAUGAGGCGACACCAGCACCCUCGAGCUGCCCCCUCGGAGGGUGGCAGGAGGGCCCGGCUGUGUCUGAUGGAGAGUUAAACGCCUCCAGGGCCCGUGGCAGCAACCACAGCGUGAACAGCCUGCCGGGACCGCCAGCCACCUGCGGCUCCACACAGGGGUCUGUGGUCAGCUGGGCUGAAUCCUUCGAGACGCUGCUGCAGGACCGCGUGGCCGUCACCUACUUCACUGAGUUCCUCAAGAAGGAGUUCAGCGCCGAAAACGUUUACUUCUGGCAGGCAUGUGAGCGCUUCCAGCAGAUCCCGGCCAGUGACACGCAGCAGCUGGCCCAGGAGGCACGGCGAAUCUACGAUGAGUUCCUCUCCAGCCACUCAGUCAGUCCUGUGAACAUCGACAAGCAGGCCUGGAUUGGGGAGGACAUGCUGGCCACCCCCUCCCCAGACAUGUUUCGCAUCCAGCAGCUCCAGAUCUUUAACCUGAUGAAGUUCGACAGCUACACGCGCUUUGUGAAAUCCCCACUCUACCAGGCCUGCCUGCGGGCAGAGAGCCAGGGGCAGCCCCUGCCCGACCUGCGGCCUCACUCCCGCAGCAGCAGCCCCCCGCCUGACCUCAGCAAGAAGUCGAAGCUGAAGCUGGGCAAGUCCCUGCCGCUGGGUGUGGAGACAGCAGGCAGUGGUGCCAACCGCAGCCCCCGCCGGUCCUUCAGGAAGGGAGAGCGGCGGGAGCCCUCCUGGGCAGAUGGGGGAGAAGGUGGUGGGAGCGCCAUGCUGUGGCGGGAGUCCCAGGGCUCGCUCAACUCCUCCGCCAGCCUGGACCUGGGCUUCCUGUCCUCGGCCGGCACAGCCGCCAGCCUCUGGACGGAGGGCCAUCGGAAGAGUCUGGGGGGCAGUGAGGCAGAGCUGCCGGCCAAGCCCAUGAAGUACUGCUGCGUGUACCUGCCUGACGGCACGGCCUCACUGGCCUCUGUCCGGCCCGGCCACUCCAUCCGCGACAUGCUGGCGGGGAUAUGCGAGAAGCGCGGCUUCAGCCUCCCCGACAUCAAGGUCUACCUGGUGGGAAAUGAGCAGAAAGCGCUGGUGCUGGACCAGGAGUGCUCUGUGUUGGCAGACCAGGAGGUGAAGCUGGAGAACAGGAUAAGCUUUGAGCUGGAAAUCUCCUCCCUCAAUAAGACCAUCCGCAUCACGGCAAAGUCAACCAAGCGCAUCCGGGAAGCGCUGCAGCCUGUGCUGGGGAAGUACGGCGUGAGCAUGGACCUGGCGCUGCUGCGGCGGCAAGGUGAGCCAGCUGCCCUGGACCUGGAGAAGCUGGUCAGCACGGUGGCUGCUCAGAAACUCGUCCUGGAAACGCUGGCUGACAUGCGAGUGACGGAGAGCGCCGAGGCUGCAGCCGCCCCCUCCCCGCUCCGGAGCGAGGAGGGAAGCCUGACAGGAGCAGAGCCCGACACACUGUGGGAGAUGCCCUCCUCCUUCUCCCGGCCCCAGUCUUCAGCUGCCAUGAACCUGAACCGCCGCACGUAUGACCUGGAAGGUCUGGUGGAGCUGCUGAACCGUGCUCAGAGCUGCCGGGCCAAUGACCAGCGUGGGCUGCUCUCCAAGGAGGACCUGGUCCUGCCUGACUUCCUCCAGCUCCCUGGGCAGGAUGACAGUGCCUGCGAAGGGUCGGAUCAGCCCCGCGCCCCUCACCCAGGCUCCGAGGGAAACGGCCAUCCUCAGCCCACAGAGCCUGCGCCGGCUCAGCCUCCGGUCAACCACGAGCUCCGAUGA